CAUCAGUCUUUGUCUGGAGGAAGACUCGCUUUAGUUUCAGGGCUUUUGAGCUUCUUCUGACCCAGCAUGGGGAGUAUGAAGUUCUGCCUAUUACUGAUGCUUGGCACCGCUGCCAUAGCCCAGCAAGACAGUGAUUCCAAUUCUCAUCCAGGAUGUCACUUAUCUAAAAGAUUUAAGAUAUACAAAAAAUAUACAUAUCAGUAUGAAGCAGAGAUCCAAAACAGGGUGACUGGGACCUCUCCUCUCAUGAAUGGCCCCAAAUUGUCCUGCAAGGUUGAAAUUGAUGUGCCUGUGGCAUGCAGCUUUGAGCUCCGGACGAGUGAGUGCUCCUUAACUGAGGUGGUCGGAACAGAUGCAAAUGGGGAACCCAUCUAUUCACCUGCUUCUGAGGCUCAAGCCUUUCAAUCUGCCAUGGAAAAGAAUGUACUGAAGUUCGUAGUUGAGGGUGACACUGGUGUGACACUCUAUCCUGAGGGUGAUGAAACCAACAUUCUGAACUUCAAGAGAGGUAUCAUCUCUGCUCUGAUUGUGCCUAUCAUGGAGAAGGAGCAGAGAAAAGACAUGGUUACUGUCCAUGGAAUCUGUGCCACUGACGUCAAGGUCAACACCAGGGAAGAUAUUGCCACUGAUGUCACUAUCACUAGAGACCUGUCCAGAUGUGAUGCUUUCAAAACCCAAAGAAGCCACACCAGCCCGCUGGCCAUCAUCAAUCGUUUGCAAUACCCUUUGUCCAAGCUGAUUGGCAGUACCCAGACCUGCAACUACAAGUUCGACAACCAGAAGAAGCACAUGACAUCUGCCACAUGCACAGAAAAUCACAUCUUCCUUCCUUUCUCUUACCAGAACAAGUAUGGUCUCUCUUCUCUUGUGAAACAAAUCCUAACUCUUCAGGAAACCAGCAAGAUCAAUGACAGAGUUUUUGAUCACCGUUCUACUAACCCCAAGGACUUGGUUCUGGAAGCAGUAGAGGACAAAGCCCCAGUCCAGACCUCUGAGGCUCCGUUGUUCAUCUUCAGGGAGCUGAAAUCCAUGAAUGAAAAACCAGAUCGCCAGCAGAGGGCCAACAUGUUCCAGAGAUUGGUGUCUGAACUCCGUGGACUUGAGCAGGAGGUUUUGCAGCAGACCAUUACUCAGAUGGUGGAGGAGGACAAGCUCUUGACUUGGCAGGCUUUAACUCAGUGUGGCACCCCAGAGUGUGGCAGUGCCAUGUUCAGUCUCCUGAAGACCUUUGCCACUGAUGCCAUCGAGGUAGAUGCUGCUGUCUAUGCUCUAGGAAUGAUGCACAGCCCUACUGGCCUCUUGGUGAAAGACAUAUUGGAGAUUGCCCAGACCAAGCAGAGCAAGCCAAUUAUGUAUGCUCUCAGUAAUGCUGUAAGGCGGCACUUCCAAGCUGAGGGUCAGCUCACCUCUGAGAUUCUCGAGGUGUAUAACUUCAUUAGCUCCAUUCUUGGUGCUGACUGUUCUGGCGAGAAAGAUCUGAUCUUCUUGACUUUAAGGGUGAUUGGAAACAUGGGCGAGGCUAUGGAAGCCGCUGAUCCCAACAUGAAGACCACUCUGCUUAAGUGCAUGAGACAGCCUGCCACCACCCUAUCCGUCCAGAUGUCUGCCAUCCAGGCUUUCAGACGUAUGUCUGUGACUACUGAUGUCCGUUCCAACAUUCAGAGAGUGGCCCUUUAUGCCAAAGGUGCUGUUCAGAAGAGAUUGGCUGCAUAUCUUAUUUUAAUGAAAAAGCCAGAGGCAAGCGAUCUGGAGGUUGUGAAGAAGAUCCUUACCCAGGACCAGAAUGUGCAAGUCAAGUCAUUUGUGGCUUCUCAUGUCUACAACAUUAUUCAUUCCAGGAAUCCUGAAAUUCAAGAGUUGGGCAAAAGGAUAGUUGAGGUCAUGCAGGAUGAUGAGGUGCUUACCCAUUCAAACUACACUCAGCUUUCUCGUAACUACAAGAUGGAGAUAUUUAUGCCAGGAAAGGAUGUCAUGGGCUCCAGCACGCAGGGAAGCAUCAUCUUUGAUCCCAGCAGCCAGCUGCCCAGAGAGGUUUUGCUUGAGACAACCCUAAAAGCCUUCGGUUACAACCUUGACUUUAUGGAGUUUGGUAUGGACGGCAAAGGAUUUGAGCCAACUGUUGAGACUCUCUUUGGAAGCAAUGGCUUCUUCCCUGAUACGAUUUCCAAGGCAAUGUACUGGUUUGGGGACAAGAUGCCAAACAAAAUCAAUGAGGUUCUGCAAGAAUGGGUUGACCCUCUGCGAACAGACAAAACUAAGAGACAGGUUCCUGAGAACAUUAUCAGGGAAAUGGUGCGCAAUUUUAACAAGCUUGCAAAGGACCUGUACAACCAGGACUCCCCAGAGGCCAUGGCUUACUUAAAGAUCAUGGGGAAUGAAUUGGGAUACAUCAAGAGUACCAAUGAUCUGUCAGCUAUUGUUGACAGGAUGGCCACAUAUAUUCAGGCCCUCAAAUACUCACCUGCAUGGAUUACAAAGGUAUUAAUGUCUGGAGAUCAGAGCAUCUUUGCUCACUACAUCUUUAUGGAUAAUGAGUUCAGCCUCCCAACUGCCUCUGGAUUCCCCCUGAAGUUUGCUCUGUCUGGAACUUUUGCACCUGGUGUUGAGGGCGGUUUGCACAUGGAGCCUGGCAAGCAUGGACUGUCCUUUUCACCCUCCAUGGCAGUAGAAUUUGUCACCCGUAUGGGAGUCCAUAUCCCCAAGUUUGUUGUCUCUGCUGUGGAAAUGCACACCAAUAUGUUCCAUGAAAGCUCUUUCAAUGCCAAAAUCACUAAGGUCGAUGGUCAAAUAAAGCUGUCUAUCCCGGCACCUAAGGGUACUACCGAACUCUUCAGAGUCAGCAACAAGCUAGUGAUGGUGUCCAAAACCCCGGUCACACUUGUUCCUGACACAGAUGAUAGGACUGCCAUAGCACACUGCAGCCCCCUAUUCUCUGGGAUCAAUUUCUGCACCACCAUUCUUAACUCAAGAGCUGCGAGAAAUUCUCCAUACUUUCCUUUCAAUGGAGAGUCCAAUUUUGUUUUGACUAUCCAGCCCACUGGUGACAUCACUGAGUACACCGCAACUAUUUCCUAUGAACUCUUGAACGAGGGCAAGGAAGGCCGCCAGAAAGUAGAUUCUCUGAAAAUGAUUUUGCAAGCAGAAGGUGAAAAGCCCACAGAGGCAUCUGCUACUAUUAAAUACAACAGGAACAAAAAUACUCUCACCACCAGCAUUGCGAUUCCAGACUAUGAUAUUGAGGCUGGAAUCAAAGUUGGUGUCACUGACAGUAUUGCCAAGGGAAAGAAGAUCACCAUUGAUAUCUCCAACAAAAAUAUUCAACAGUUUUCUCUCAUUGGUCGUGCAAAGUUUGAUUCCAUGAAAGACGGCUUGCUGGAAGCUCAGUUGAUUGUGCCCUCACUUAACACCGAGAGCACUCUUACUGCCACCCUGAACUGUGUUGAAGAUUUGACUGUGGAACUCAAGAGUAACAUCAAGCUCCCAGAGACCAACUCUGUGCAGAAGAUUACCUUCCAAUUUGAUAAAGAAGAGAUGAAGAUAGAGAUGAAGUCUGACAUGGACUCUGAGAUAAAGAAGCUGAUGCCUAAUGUAGCACCUCUUCAGAGUCACCUGGAUCAGGUCUUUGAUGACAUCAUGGAACACAAAGUUGUCAAGACUGACAUGAAGCUCCGUCAUAUUUAUGGAAAACUCUGGGAGGCUUAUCUCAUUUGGAUGGAUAAGAUUGCUUCUGAUGUGCCCUACCUUCAGACACUAAGAGAGAACAUUCCUGAGUUGGUUAUUCCAUCUAUGCCUGAGAAGGUGUUCAUGAACACUGAGAGCAUGUUAAAAUACAAGUUCAACAAAGAUCGUGUCACUUUCACCAUUCCUUUGCCUCUUGGUGGAAAGACAUCUGAGGACCUGAAAAUCCCUCCCACCAUGGCCACCCCUGACCUUACUAUGCCUCAAAUUGGUCUAAUGCUCCCCUCUAAGCAGUUCACUCUACCCACCUUCUCCAUCCCCUCCAGCUAUGAUCUCUCAAUGCCUCUUCUUGGAAUGGUAGAGGCAUCUACAAAAGUCAGUACAAACUUUUAUGAUAUAGAGGUGGUUUUCUCUGGUGGCAACAACACUGUUGAUAAGUCCAGCUACACCGUAGGCUACAAAGUUGUUUCUAACAGCCCUUUGGAACUUCUUGCCUUUACUGUGGAAGGAUCUGCACAAACUGCUGGCAUCUCAGAGGACACUGCGAAGUUUGACAUCAUUUCUUCCCUGAAGCAUAAGCUCUUAGAUGCAAAUCUUAGCCUACUGGAAACAGUCAAAAUCACAGAUGCAGUGAAAACAACAGGAGAUUACAAGAUUGAAGCCUUCAGCCCUCUGGGUAUGCAGAUGUCUGUGAUGUACACAACCCAGGCUUUAGUCUCUUCUGAAAUCACAGGUGAUGGCAGUUUAGAUGGAUCACUAAAAGUAGGAUCAAUGUCUGCUACUACCACUGCCACCCAAACCUUUAUACUUCAACCCAAAACCAGAGAGGCAAAAGCUGAAUCCACUUUCAGUGUCAGAUGUCCCAUUCUCCAAAUUGAAAACAAGAUGAAAGCUGCAGCAGUCAAUGGAGAACUUUCUUUUGAAUCAAACACUGACAUAGAGAAUGAGCCAGUCCAUCACACCACCAAGUUCAACAUUGAACUGAAAGAAGCUCAAUUUACCAUUAAGUCUGAUUCUGUCACCAAAUCUAAUGAGCGAAAGCUUCAAAACCAGGUAGAUUUUGCUGCAACCAUGAAGGAAGUUGCUCUCAGGAUUGAGUCCCAGGCUGAUGACAACACAAAUCGAGCUUUCUACCAGCUUGCUGGAUCCCUGAACACCCAGGGACUGGAGCUCAAUACUGAUGCCACUAUCAGCUUGGCUGCCAACCGUGCCUCCAACAAGGGCACCCUGUCAUUCACCAAAGAUGGCCUGACCACUAGCUGUACCACCAGUGCCCAGGUCAGCUCUCUGACCUUUGAAAACAUAUUCCAUGGUGGCAUUACAACCACUGGUGCUACAAUGUCUGUCUCUACCAAGGGAACAGUCCAAGAGAACAGUGCUGAACACAAAGUUGAGGGAAGACUUGCAAGCUCAGAGGUAUACCUAAUCAGUAUGUACAAGGGAGACAUUUUCAAUGUCAACACUAGAAACAGGAUCAAUUUCAAGUUGAAUGAAGAUGGCCUGAACCUCUCCAACAACUUGAUGGCGUCAAAUCAGGAGAUGAAAAUAGAAAACACAGACUCUCUGAUACUCACCCUCAAAUCUCUGGCCAUCCGCUCUGAGUCUGACAACUUUUUGAAUGAGAACAACUUCUACAAGCACAACAUUGUAGUGGACAUUCAUGACUUUAAAGCAUAUUUAAAUGUCAAAAAUGAACUUAAAGUCAUUGGUGUCAGCUACAACAAUGAUGCCCAGAUGACGGCAGAGCCCUACAGGAUGGAAGUUACUGGAACUCUGAAAGGGGCAUUUGGUGAAGAGGAACUAAGACAUAAAUAUGAGAUCACCUAUGUUGACCAGACAGCCACUGCAAAGUGCAGCACCUCUGGAAAACUCUUGGGCACUCAAAUGUCUCAGAGCUCUGAGUUUGAGAUUGUUGGAUUUUCCACAAAGUUCGGCAAUGAGGUGCGCUUCAUCUCUCCCUCUCUCCGCCUGGAGAGCAACAUCCUCACUAAAGCAGAACCUUUUAGUGUGAAUGUUGAGAGCUCCUUCAAUUCUGAUGGUGCACUAAACCUGUAUGGAAAACACAGUGGCCAGGUGAAAAGCAUGCUGCUUAUUCAAGCUGAACCCAAGUCUUACUCACACAAGCAAGAAUGCAAGGCCUCAACCUCUCACCAGUUGAACAGUGGAAACUCGAUUGAAACUAAUUUCCAGCAUCAAAUAACCAGCGCUAUCACCCCUCAGCAGCAAAAUUUUAACAUGAAUAUGAAGUCUAUGCUGAAUGACCAUGCCUUUGACCACUCCCUGGAAAUCUUCAAUACUCCAAAGAACAUAGGUAUUGCACUGAAAGGAACAGUUUCCACCAACCUCUUGAACAAAGCAAAUGCUAAUCAGGAAUUUGCCAUCACUAGUGCUCUGCAAUAUGAAAAGAACAGUGAUAGUCAUUCUAUUUCCCUGCCUUUCAUUGAAAUGCUGCCUGCUGUCAUUGGGGAGGUUAAAAGUUCAAUGCUCACCAUGAAAGAUCGUAGCAUUGACAUGCUUCAUGGCAUUGAUGAUAAAUAUGACAUUACAGACACUCUUUACAGGAAAGGAACUGAGCUUUCACAAGUAAUUGAAAAUGUUGAUGUAGAUAUGUUCAUGGAUAAUGUGAGACAUUUUGCCUCCUACGUGACAGCUGUAGUAACGGAAAUGAGCAAACAUCUGCAAUAUUUAAGGAACUCGAUUGACAGUUUGGAAACAACUAGCAUUAUGACCAAGAUAAAUGAAAUCUUCAGCAAAAUUGAUGAGGUUUUGGCAGAAUAUGAGGUGGAGGCAAAGGUCGAGAAAAUCAUUGAUGAUGCUGUGGAUUUAAUGAAACAAUAUGAGCUAAGAGAAACUAUGCAAUCAGCUGCAAGUUACCUAAACUCGCUUGACAUAAAACCAGUGUUUGAAAGAAUCUUCGGACAGAUUAAUGAACUGACAAAACAACUAAUUACCAAAGUCAACGAAAUGAUUGCUUAUGAUUUUGACACCUUGGCUGAUGAAGUAAAGCAGAUUGCCACUGACCUCCUUAAAGUCCCCUGCUUUGGAAUGCUGCAUGGUGAUAUUGAGAUCAAAUCCUCCGAGCACACUCUGAAGACCAUCGCUGAACUCAAGAACUCAACAGACAAGAUCACUGCUAACCUGAAUUCUCAGUUCCAGACACCCAUUGAUCUCCUGGCCUAUACCUUUGAUGCCACUGCUCACCUUAACAUCCCUAGAAUGAAAGAGCUGUCCCUGACUGAGACAGUGAAAGCCAAUCACAUGGCUUUCUCUCUUGAUCACCAGGGAGAAAUGUCCAUCAAUGACGUUUUUGCCCAGGUAUCUUCCAAGACCACAGCUAAGGUAACCACAGAACCAUACACUGCUGACUUAGAGCACAAUGCAUUACUGAGCACAGAGAAUGGCUUUUCGUGUACUUCGGAGACCUCUUACAUCCACAGUGUGAACAUGCCAGUGGCCAACAUCUUCAGUGAAGCUACAAUGACCCAAAAAGCUGCUGCUCAGCUGGAAUCUGGCAUAUUUACUCUCACCCUUGCAAAUGAUGGCAAAGGAAAAUACUCUAUCCUUGAUUGUUCCGAUGAAGGAGACCAUAAGAGUAACUUGGAGAUUGUGGUGAAUGUGGAGUCCAUAAAACUGAUCUUUAAUGGUGACACUAAGAGUAGUCUUCUCAAGAUGAAGCAAAAAGUGGAUGCUGAGACCAGUGGUUUGAAUCAGAUUAAGUUUAAUGUGCAUGCAGAGACAGAAACUCCCUUCAUCCAGAGAAGCAUUGCAGCAGUGAAAGGGCAGAUUUCUUUGAAGGAACUCAUGUUUGAGCUAAGUGGGUCUCAUGAUGCUGAACUGAUUGGCAAAGUUGAAGGUACCAUUACCAACACAAUUAACUUCAAGGCUGUGCCUUUUGAAAUGAUCUUUGAUACCAAAAACAAGGACAACAUAAAGCUGAUGCUUCCCUUUAAGUUAUCCAGUAAGGUUGAUUUGCAAAACGAUAUGACUUUAACUCUGAGUCCCUCUGAGCAACAGACAAGCUGGACCGGUCUUGCUAGGUUCAAUCAAUAUAAGUACUCCCAUUAUAUCAGUAUGGCUAAUGGCGAGAAGGAAAUUCAGAUCUCUGCAUCAGUCAAUGGUGAGGCUGACUUUAAUGUACUGACCUUGCCAAUUAACAUUCCUAAAUUGACUAUCCCAUUGAUUAACAAGGAAACACCUUAUGUAGAGAAAUUUUCUUUAUGGGAGGACACAGGCCUUAAAACAAUCUUGAUCACACCUCAGCAGACCUUUGAUAUGGAUGCAAAGUUUAAGUAUGUGAAGAACCACGAGAUGUUCAAUAUUCAGCCUGCCCUCAAUUCUGUAAUUCGGAAAAUUCAAAUACCCAUUUUCGCAGCAGCCAAAAUCUCAUCUGACAUAAAGGAAUGUCCUUAUUUGGCCAAGAUCCCUCUUCCCAGUAUAAAGGAAUCUAUUAUGAUCCCUGUCAUUGGAGACCUGACCUUCGACUUGUCUGUGAAAACUGCUAUGAUCACCAUCAACACUAAGGCUGAGAUCCUUAAUCAGGAUGAAAUUGCUGCCCAGUUUGAAACUCUGGCUACAUCUGAGUUUGAUGUUUUUAAUGGCAAAACCAGUGGCUCUGCAACCUUUAACAUGAAGUCAGGGAUGAAAUUGUCAACCAAUCUGAUUGUGGAGCAUACAUAUUUUGAAAACAACUAUAAUGGACUUCUUGAGGCCAACACAGAAGUCUCCAAGACUGUUAUUUCAAAUACUGCCAAAGUCAAUCUGCCAGAUAUGAAAUUUAUGCUUUACCACGAAUUAACUGGAAAUGCAGAAGAAGGUCUUACUGUCUCUGUAUCCUCCCCAUCUGCGGGACUUCUUGGUCUUCAACUACAGAGCAAGGACUUAUCCCACCAUACAGGAAGACUUUUUGGUGCAAACCCAUCUGCGGAUAAUGUGGACAUUCUGAAGGUUGACAUUGCGAUAAUGAACUCAAACAGACUGAGCUUCCAGACACAAUGGAACAAGGAGGUCCCAAGUCAGAUUCUUUUGUGGAUGAAGGAGAAAGUUGCUUCAUUAAAGGAUUUGAAAGACACAAUAACAUAUUACAUUAGUGCAGUUUACGAUGGCAUCAGCAAGAAGUAUGAGAAGCUUGAGAGUGCCAUUGAUCUCAUCAAAGAUCAAGGUAAAGUCAUGUACAAGAGAGCAGCUGAAAAGAUUGCUGCUGCUGACCUCUCAGGAAUCAGCAGUAAGAUUUCAGACAACAUUGUAAUGAUCCUAAGAGCAUACCAGAAGAAUAUUCAAGCCCUACUGGACGCAGCCAUUUCAUUUAUGAGGAACACCCAGUUCCAGCUUCCUGGACAUGCUGAGAAACUCUCUGGACUUGAGGUCUGCAAUAAAAUCAAUGUCUUCAUUUUUGAUUUCAUCGAGGAGGCCAUCACAAAGGUGCCAGAGAUCUUUACCUCAUGUGCUAAGGCUGUCAUUGAACAUAUUAGAAAAGUAGAAGUCACAAUUCCUGGUUCUACCCAUAUUAUCACUGGAAGAGAUGUAUUGGAUGACUUCAAUGUUGCAUUUCAGAAGAUCCAAAGCCAAAUUAUCACCAUUGUAAAGGGUCUAAGAGAUGUGAGCUUUGAGACCAUUGUGCAGAAACUGUCUGAAAUCCUGAAAUUUAGUGUGGAGAAAGCAGAGGAGCUCUUUAACGCUAUCAAAUUUCAAGAUCUCGACAAGCUCUCAUCCUGGGUCUCUAAAGUCUUCUCUGAUGCUGUCAAUUCCAAUAGCCUGCGUGAAAUAACUGAGCAGGCUGAGAACUUCAGGAAAAUUAUUGAAGAUUACUAUCAAACUGUCAAAGCCAAGGCCCAGGACAUUUUUGCUGAGAUGACCAUUGAGCAACUGAUUGAAGACAUCCAGGCUUGGAUUAAUUAUGUAAUGAACCGGCUAGAAGUUCUCAGGGACCAAAUUACUAAGACCUUCAAAGAUGCCAUCAAGAACAUCCCGUUUUAUAUCAGAGUAAAUGACACAGAGAUGGACAUUGACAUUCCUAUUCCAUUCAUAUGGGAUUUCUUCAGUAGAAUGAUUUCUCAUCCUUGCAUCAAGUCACUAAUUAGCUAAACAAAGAGUAUGAUUAAGAUUGCCUCCAUUAAAAGUGUUAUGCCCACAAAACAUUUAGCCCAUGCUGCUCUUUUUGUUUUGUAAGUGACUAAUUUAGAAUAAUGUUCUUUAAAGUAAAUAGCUGAAUGUUACAAUCUGUCUUAUUUUAUUUAAUAAAAAUGACAGUGAAGUAUCAAUAAAAAACCCAUUUGUACUGCA